AUGAAUGAAAUUUUUAUUCAUUUUUAUGUUGCAUUUAUUCAAUUCUAAGCUUAUUUGUUAACGAUUUAAAGAAUAUAAUUUAAAAUAAAAUUUAUCAAGUUAACUUAUUAAGUAAUUAGAAUGGUAAUUUAAAAUCAUGAUAUUCAUUUGAUAGAUUUAAGAGCCAUAGAUUAAUCCUUAGUUGGGACCUAUAAUAGCAAAACAAUUGCAAAUUAUGAUUAAAUAACCAAUUGAUGGUAAGAUGUAUUAAUAUUGCAUUAGGAGUUCAUGUGAUAUUUAAUGAAUAAGAUGUUUUUGAUAUUUAAGCAGAUAUUGAAGGUCCAGGUAAUAAAAAUAGAAAAUAUUUUAGUUGAUACUCCAUUUUAAGGAGGAGUUUUCAGAUGCAAAUUAAUUUUACCACCCUAAUUCCCUUAAGUAGCACCUAAAGGUAUUAAUAUAUAUAAGUUAGGCUUAUUUAAUACUAAAAUAUUUCAUCCUAAUGUAUCUGAAAAGGGAGAAAUCUGUGUAAAUACAUUAAAGAAAGAUUGGAAUCCUCUAUAAUGGUCGUUAAAGAAUAUUUUUGAAGUGAUUAAAUGUCUAUUGAUUGUUCCAUUUCCUGAGAGUUCACUAAAUGAAGAAGCAGGCAAAUUCUUCAUGGAAAACUAUGAUGAAUAUUUUAAAAGAGCAAAAUUAUUAACAAGCAUUUAUGCUAUAAAAUAAGAUGGAAAUGUCUUAAAAGGAAAUAAUUAAGUAUAUAGCUAACAAUAUAUUUUAGAACACUAAUGAUGAAGCAGAUAAGAAAAAUAAAUUGACACAAACCUAACAAAAAAAAGAAAACGAUUAAAAGAAAUGGCUGAAAAGAAUUUGA